AUGUCUCUCUGUGAAGUUCCAAACCGAAGCCAGAGCGUAAGCGAAGUAAGUCCCCAGAAGGAAAAUUGGAAUAUUAUCGUUAGGGUCAUUCGUUCAUGGUUUGUUCCUGAUUUCACUAAACAGAGGUGUCCUUUUUCCAUGGAGUUCGUUAUUCAAGACAAAGAGGGUUCUAAAAUACAUGCUUCAAUUAGACGUACUCUAAUUUACAAAUUUCAGAAUGAGAUUUCUGAAGGCCAUGUUUAUGCCAUACAAAAUUUCAGUGUUGCUCCGAAUUCUGGAAUAUACAGAACAACACACCACCCUUAUAAGAUAAAUUUCCAGUUUGGUACAAAAGUUUCUUUGCUUAAUGUUAAUUUGGUUCCUGAUAUGAAACCACAAUACACACCUUUGUCCUUAUUGACAACCACUGCAUUUGAUACUGAUUAUUUAGUUGAUAUUUUGGGAUUAUUGGUCGGAGUGAGGACUGAAAGAGAAUUGCAAGUUGAUGGAAAGACAACAAAAUUAAAUGUCAUAGCAAUAGAAGCUGAUGGGUAUUCUAUAUCUAUACUAUACUAA